CCUGACCUUGGACGAGAAAAGCGUCUGGAUGUGAGAGAGCGAGAAAGACAGACUUGGAGAGUUUGGUAUCAACAUAAUGCACAGCACACUAUAAGGAAGGGAGGGGGACAGGCUGAGACAAUGGCGGCUGCGGUAUAGGCUACUGCAGUGCAGGUUUGUGGGUUGUUGUUUCUGUGGCUGAAGAUAGAUUUUACAUUCGAAUUCUGAGAGACACCUGGCAACCCGUAGCUGAGCUGGAGAGUGAUAAUGUCUGUACAGGCCAGACGACAACACAGCAUACAGCAGCCAAUGAAAGAGCCCGGAACGGGAAGCUGAGAUGGAGUUCCCAGAGUUCCCAGGGUGCCCUGCUGCUGCCGGGGUUGCCGUGGGCGACGAGGCGGAGAAGGAGGGACAUGCCCAGGUUCUAUUUGAUGAGUUUGUCCAGGCGUCUACUUGCAGAACAACACUCCGUGCUUUCAACCUGCUGUGUGAGCACCUUCAGCUCACACACACACACACACAGUCACAGACCUACUCCCCGACGCAGCCGCAGAGGCCUUUCUACCACAGCCUCAAAGAACGCCUCAGCUACUGGAAGGCAAACGCACUUUGGGCCAAACUGGACAAACGGGCCGCCCACCACGAAUACGGGAAGGGCCGUGUCUGUGCCAACACCACGUGUGUGAUCAUCGGGGCGGGGCCGUGUGGUCUGCGUACAGCAGUAGAGCUGGGGUUCCUGGGGGCCAGAGUGGUGCUGCUGGAGAAGAGAGAUGCCUUCUCCAGGAACAACGUCCUUCACCUCUGGCCUUUCACCAUCCACGACCUCAGGGGCCUCGGGGCCAAGAAGUUCUACGGCAAGUUCUGUGCUGGAGCCAUUGACCACAUCAGUAUACGGCAGUUACAGUUGGUGUUAUUAAAGGUGGCUCUGUUGCUGGGGGUGGAAGUCCAUGUCAACGUAGAGUUCAAGGGACUGGUGGAGCCACCAGUGGACCAGGAGCAACAGAAGGUAGGCUGGAGGGUGGAGGUGAAACCCAAGUCUCACCCUAUUAACCAACUGCAGUGUGACGUGGUGAUCGGAGCUGAUGGACGACGGAACACACUGCCAGGGUUCAGGCGUAAGGAGUUCCGUGGCAAGCUGGCCAUUGCCAUCACAGCUAACUUCAUGAACCGUAACACCACGGCUGAGGCCAAGGUGGAGGAGAUCAGCGGAGUGGCCUUCAUCUUCAACCAGAGGUUCUUUCAGGAGCUACGGGACACCACAGGAGUGGACCUGGAGAAUAUAGUGUACUACAAGGACGACACACACUACUUUGUGAUGACGGCUAAGAAGCAGAGUCUGCUGGAGAAAGGAGUCAUUCUGCGGGACUAUGCAGACACAGAAACACUUCUCUCACGGGGAAACGUGGACCAGAAUGCGCUGCUGGCCUACGCCCGCGAGGCGGCGGACUUCUCCACCAAUCACCAGCUGCCGUCCCUGGACUUUGCCAUGAACCACUACGGGCAGCCUGAUGUUGCCUUGUUUGACUUCACCUGUAUGUACGCGUCGGAGAACGCUGCACUGGUCAGACAGAGACAUGGACACCAUCUACUGGUCACACUGGUGGGAGACAGCCUUCUGGAGCCGUUCUGGCCCAUGGGGACAGGUAUAGCACGGGGGUUCCUGGCAGCAUUGGAUUCUGCCUGGAUGGUACGGAGCUGGGCUCAAGGCCUCGCCCCCCUGGACAUACUUGCUGAAAGAGAGAGUCUAUAUCGUCUCCUUCCUCAGGCCUCUCCAGAAAAUGUCAACAAGAACUUUGGUCAAUAUACCGUAGACCCAGCUACCCGCUACCCUAACAUCAACCACCAACUCAUCACCCCCGCACAGGUGGGGCAUCUAAUUUACACAGAAGAGAGUGGAGGUUUGGGUGUGGACCAGGAACCACAACCCCAAUCUCCCUUGCCGAAGCUACUACGACAGGAGUCCUUCUCUCGCUCCAGUAAGCUUUUGUCAUGGUGCCAACAGCAGACACAGGGUUACCGGGGCGUUGUGGUUAGCGACCUUACUACUUCCUGGAAGAAUGGCCUAGCUUUGUGUGCCCUCAUCCACCACUACCGUCCUGACCUCAUUGACUUUGACUCUCUAAAGGAGGAUGAGGGGGAGGAGAAUAUGAGGUUGGGGUUGGAGGUGGCAGAGAAGGAGUUUGGCAUCUCUCCUGUGAUGACUGUCGAGGAGAUGUCGUCUGUCAGUGAAACGGACACUCUCUGUAUGGUCAUGUACCUCAGCCAGUUUCACCAGCUCUUCAAGGACGCACUGCCCCCAAGCGAAUCCCAGACCGAGAGCCUAGAUGGGAGGGCUGCUGUGAUUGGUCCUGCCUCUCUCCUCAGCCGCCUGGGCCACAGCCCAUCCCGCAAGCGCAACCCCAAGGAGCAGAAGGAGAAGGAUGCGGUGGGGAAGAGGAGGAAGACCAGUCGGCCAUGUCUGGAGGAUGUGAGACAAGAUCUCAGAUUAGUGGACAGUUAUGAGGAAGAGGCUGCCUUGUGCUCUGUGGGUGGAGCAAGCCAGAGCAGAGUGCGCUCGAUGGCCAAUCAGCUGCUGGCCAAGUUUGAGGAGAAUGCCCCUUGCCCCUCCUCCACGCCAGCUGCAGCUCUCCGCAGACAGGGGGACUCCAUGCCCAUGCUUCCACCUCCUCCAGCAUCCCCUGACCCCCAGGAACCAGCCUUUGUGGCCUCCGCUGCCACCUGGAAACAGAAGAAGCGCACGCAGCAGCAGGAGCAGAUGAGUUUCAAGUACAAGGAAAAGGUCAAAUGUCACACUCUGCCCAGCAGGGGAGAGCAGGUAUGUCAAAUCCUACGCAACUCGCAGUCCGUCAACCGACAGACAAAGGUUGCGCCACCUGGCAAAUACGUUCAGAUGUACACAGGGGGAGUAAGCUCAUUGGCUGAACAGAUAUCCUGUCAGCUUCAAAGUCAGGAGUCACCGUCACCCCAGCACACUCCUGAUAGGAAGGAUUCAGCUGGCGUUCACUCUGUGUUGGCGGGGCCGGGGCCAGGAGGGGCCAGUGACGUGUGUUUCUUCUGCAGUAGGCGUGUGUACGUGAUGGAGAGACUCAGUGCUGAGGGACUGUUCUUCCACCGGAGCUGCUUCCAGUGUGACCACUGCAGCUCCACCCUUCGCCUGGCCUCUUACGCCUACGACCGACCUAACGGGAAGUUCUACUGUAAGCCACACUAUGACCUCCGUCUGGUUGGGCCGGUCCAGAGGAAGAGACCAGCUCCUCCUACCUCCGACCAGCAUCCAACCCCCUACGAACGGACCCCCUCUCAGCAGACCCUCCUGGAGUCCCCAGCGGCUCUGUCCACUAACCCUCGCUCCUCAGUGACUGUGGUGACAGCAGGCCGCAGGUCCUCAGUGGCAUCUCUGAUUGAGAGGGAGUGUGGCUUGGCUAAGCGCGUGCGCGGCACGCCAGAGCGUAUAGAGCUGGAGAACUACCGUGGGAGCCUGGGGAGCCUGGAGACUGAGCAGCUAACAGAUGAGCCGGAGGAGGUGCCAGAGGAGACGCUGGCCAAUUACAACCUCAGUCUGCUGGUGACAGAGGUGAAGAAGGCCAAUCAUAAGCGCAUCUCGUUGCGGGACAACGAGGGUUCCAGUUCAGAAUCAGAGACGGAGGAGGAGGGGGAGAGGCAGCGGGCUCUAACCAAUGACCUGGCUAGAGACUCAUGGAGGAAGGCCAUGGAACUACACGCACGCCUCCGAGGAGAGAGAGGAGAUGACGAAGAAGAGACAGAAGAAGGAGAGGAGGAAGGAGAGGUUGAUGAAGAUGAUGAAGAUGAUGAGGAGGAGUUAUCUAGUGAUGGGGAAGGAACAUCUCCACUCACCGCUGAGGAGGUAGCCUCGUUGGACGAGUGGCAGCAGAGCACACACUCUCCAGACACAUACACACCUGACACAUACACACAUGACACAAACAUGCCUGACACGCACUCUCCAGACACACACACGCCUGACAUACAACUGCCUGACUCGACAACACCCGACACACACGGUCCACACAGCCCCACCAGUGUACCCAAUAUCACCUUCUCCACUCCGGCCACUGCCUCAACACCCUUCACACCCACACCUUUAACGUCGCAUGCACCCACACCCACGUCCUCAGUGUCAAUUCCAGACUCCUCUGUCUUUACCUACUCCUCCCCCAACUCCUCCACCACCUCUGGCUGCUCCCCGGGUCCAGACGAGGGAGAGGAGGAUGGGGAGAAGAAAGAGAUGAAGGAGAGAAAAGAGCGAGAGGAGAGGGAGAGAGGGGGGAAGGAGAGGGAGAGGGUGCGGGACUCCAGCAGUAGUUCGGGGAUCGGUGUGGGCGGGAGCUCCACCACCUCUACCUCUGACCCUCUCACCCCUCCCGGCAUCCCUCCCCCUGCCCAGCUCAAGGCAUGCUGGGAUAGCCUGCCCCACCCUUCUGUGGAGGCGGAGUCACUGCAAAGCCCCGCCUCUCGCCCUGCCCCUCGAUUUGCCCCCGCACCUAUCAUGGCGUCGGCUGUUGUGCGGGGGGUCGGGGGCAAGAAGCUGAAACCGUGGGACGUGGAUGGGGGAAGGGGAUCUGUUGCGGGGGGGUCUGUUGGGGCGGGGUCUCUUGGGGAGAAGCUGUGUAAGGGUGUAGUAAUAGACCCCUUAGAGGACAUCAACCCCAACUUGUCCCCCCUGAAGCCCCUUAAGGCAGUGCCCAGAGACGAGAGAGAGAUCGGGAGGAAGAGGGAGAUGGAGAGGAGGAGGGAGAUAGAGAGAGCAGCCAUGGGAGUGGGCUGGGAGGACACGAAAAUCCCCCUAGGAAGGGAGCCUCUCCCAAGGAAGAGCAGAGGUGGUCUAGACCCCCGCAGACUCACAGAGAGCCUGCCUCCCCUCCUCCUCACACAACUCCAGGGGGGCUCCCUCUUCCCUUCACGUAAGUGCUGCAGGGACAACCAGCCCCCCAGCCAGAGUGUGUCUGAAGCGGGCAUAGGAGAGGGUGGACCCCUGGGCCUGUGGAGAGCUGUCAUCUCUGGCUAUAAGAGGGACAGGAAGAAGAAGGGCAGGACUUCCCUUUCCAAAAUGGCAACAGCCCCAGCCCCCAAAGAGCAGGGCAGGAGGAGAACUUCUGCGGAGAGAAGAGGUGUGAAGUUCAGGGAGCGCCAGAGCUGGUCAGGGCCGGAGGAGUCAGACAUCACCUGCUCUGUUGUGAUGGAGAGGUGCUCCAUGAACCCCAAGGCCAACAGGCACGUGGGGAAGGAGAGGGAGCGGGACAGCUCCCCCCGUAUGGAUACACAGCGGAAGUCAUCGUGCCCUACGGAGGUGGUCGGGGUACUGGUGCACAUGAUGGACCUGAAGGACCCGUCCAGCCUGGAUGUGUCAGAGGCCAUGUUCCACAGAGACCGGGACCCAGAGGAGGAGCAGCUAGAUGCCAGGUUAACACGCAGAGUACAAAGGGCAGCGCGCAAACAGGCCAAACAAGAGCAACUCAAGAGACUGCACAGGGCCCAGAUGAUCCAAAGGCAGUUAGAGCAGGUGGAGGAGAAGCAGAGGCAGCUGGAGGAGAGGGGUGUGGCGGUGGAGAAGGCCUUGAGAGGGGAAGCAGACUACUGGGGAGAGUCGAAUGACAGUGAAGAGCUGGACUUACACCUGGGAGUCAUGGGCAGGCAGGAUGACCCAGCUCUGAUGCAGCAGUGGUUCAAGCUGGUCCAGCAGAAGAACUGUCUGAUGCGCUAUGAGUCAGAACUCAUGAUAUUUGCUCGGGAGCUGGAGUUGGAGGACAGACAGAGCCGUCUUCAACAAGAGCUCAGAGAGCGGAUGGCUGUGGAUGACCACCUGAAGGGUGAGGCAGAGCUGGCUGAGGAGAAGCUAAUCCUGGGGGAGAUGUUGGAGGUGGUGGAGCAGAGAGAUGCUCUGGUGUCUCUGCUGGAGGAGCAGCGGCUGCAGGAGAGCCAGGAGGACAGAGACCUGGAGGCCAUCAUGCUGUCCCGGGGACUGGGCCUGCACAACUGGGCCUGAGCUCUAUUCCGGGGACUGGGCCUGCACAACUGGGCCUGAGCUCUAUUCCUGGGACUGCACAACUAGGCCUGAACUCUAUCCCUGAGCCUGCACAACUGGGCCUGAGCUCUAUUCCUGGGACUGGGCCUGCACAACUGGGCCUGAACUCUAUCCCUGGGCCUGGGCCUGCACAAUUGGGCCUGAGCUCUAUUCCGGGGACUGGGCCUGCACAACUGGGCUUGAGCUCUAUUCCUGGGACUGGGCCUGCACAACUGGGCCUGAACUCUAUCCCUGGGCCUGGAACAACUGGGCCUGAGCUCUAUUCCGGUGACUGGGCCUGCACAACUGGGCCUGAGCUCUAUUCCAGGGACUGGGCCUGCACAACUGGGCCUGAGCUUUAUUCCAGGGACUGGGCCUGCACAACUGGGCCUGAGCUCUAUUCCUGGGACUGGGCCUGCACAACGGGCACUCGCGUCACAAAAGACACUCACGUCACUUUCCCUCGAAAUCUGUGAUCAGGGUCGUGGUUGUGAGGUCACUUCGCCUCUGAUACAACGUUAUGACCAGGAUCAAGGCGGGACUGUCUGGAUGAUCCAUUUUUAGGAUUGGAUAUGUUUCCCCAUCCUGCUACACCCAUCCUGCUGCUCCAUCCAUCCUACUGCUACACCUAUCCUGUUGCUACACCCAUCCUGCUACACCCCUGACUCACUGACUGAUGGGCCUUUGAGAUGGCUCGAUAUUCUAUGCUCACUAUACUCACCCAGGCUGUUGUCAUGGCAAUAUAUGGCAUGUUUGAAUUAUUUGUAUUGUUAUUAAUUAACAAUUUAAAGAAAUGUAUAUUAUGUAAAAAGAAACAAUACUAAUUUUUUAAAAACUUUUUUCUUUUUAAAUUCUACUAAUUAUGUUUUACUUCAUACAUUGGAUAAUAAAGACAUUCUGACAUCA